CAAAUACAAAUUCAUUAUCAAAUAAUAAAUCUGAAUUGUUAACUUUGCAUGUAAAUAAUUUAAACAAAAAUAAUGUUGCAUAUAUGACAACAAAUGAUAUGACUAAUGUAAACUUAUCUAACAGCAAUAGUUCUAUAAAUAAUACAGAAAAAACAUCAGAAAUUAAUCCUUUCAUCUCUAUUAUUCCUACUCAAGAUCGAUGCAAAUUAUCUUCUUGGGGAUUACCAUUAAAUAUUCUUCAGAAAUAUGAAGCAAAAGGAGUAACUACUAUGUUUGCUUGGCAAGUAGAAUGUUUAUCAAAUCAGAAAGUCAUUGAAAAAAAUUGUAAUCUUGUAUAUUCUGCACCAACAUCAGCUGGAAAGACAUUAAUAGCUGAAAUUCUCAUGAUAAAAACGGUAUUAGAAAGACAAAAAAAAGUAAUUUUUAUCUUGCCAUUUGUCUCCGUUGUUAGAGAAAAAAUGUAUUAUUUUCAAGAUUUAUUAUCUGAUAGUGGUGUUCGAGUAGAAGGAUUUAUGGGUGGUAUUGCACCCUCAGGAGGAUUUGCAACAACUCAUAUUGCAAUAGCAACUAUUGAAAAAGCAAACUCAUUAAUAAAUCAUUUAAUGGAAGAAAAGGAAUUAAUUAAUUUAGGUGCUGUAAUUGUAGAUGAAUUACAUCUUGUUGGUGAUCCAAAUCGUGGAUAUCUUCUUGAAUUACUUUUAACUAAAUUGAGAUAUAUGACUUCUAGGGAUGAAAAUAUUAAUAUACAAUUAAUUGGUAUGUCUGCUACACUUCCAAAUUUAUCUCUUUUAGCUAAAUGGUUGGAUGCAGAGUUAUAUAAAACAGAAUUCAGACCAAUACCUUUAAAUGAACAAUGCAAAAUAGGCAGAAAUAUAUAUGAUAAUAAAUUAUGUCUUAUAAGGAGCUUAACACCAAUGCCAGAAUUAACUAUGGAUUCUGAUGAUAUUCUUCAUCUAUGUAUUGAAACAAUAUCUGAUGGACAUAGUGUAUUAAUUUUUUGUUCUACAAAAAAUUGGUGUGAAAAACUAGCUGAACAAAUUGCUAUUGCAUUUUGUAAAUUGGGCAGAGAAAAUACACAAUUAGGUAAAAUUUUAAGAGAUCAAUUAGAUUCUGAAUUAAUUUCUGAAACAUUGGAGCAAUUAAAACGUAGUCCUACUGGUUUAGAUAAUGUAUUAAAAAAUACAGUCUCAUUUGGAAUAGCUUUUCAUCAUGCUGGUCUUACAAUGGAUGAACGUGAUAUUAUAGAAGGAUCUUUCAGAUCCGGAUCUCUAAGAGUGCUUAUUGCUACAUCAACUUUAAGUAGUGGAGUAAAUUUACCUGCUAGAAGAGUAAUUAUCAGAUCUCCAAAGUUUGCUGGCAAACUAUUAGAUAGUCUUACCUAUCAUCAAAUGAUAGGACGAGCAGGUAGAAUGGGGAAAGAUACAGCAGGUGAAAGUAUACUUAUUUGUAAACCAAAUGAACAAAAAUCAGCUGAAGCAUUAAUAUCAGCUUCUUUAGAACCAAUUGAAUCUUGCCUUGAGGAUUCAGCUCCUUUAAUUCGAGCACUUUUAGAAGCUGUAGCUAGUGAGGUCGUUUAUACUCCAUCAGAUCUUGAAUUGUAUAUUAAUUGUACAUUAGUAAAUUUGAGCAAUGAAUAUGACUCAAAAGAUCUUUGGAACAAAGCAAUUAAAUUUUUAGUAGACAAUGAAUUUUUACUUUUACAAAAAACUGAAGAAGGACAUAAUAGAUGGGUGGCUACAGCUUUUGGAAAAGCUUGCUUAGCAGCUUCUAUUGCACCUAGAGAGGGUUUACUUUUACUUGAAGAACUUCAAAAAGCAAGACGAUGUUUUGUCUUGGAUACAGAAUUGCAUGUAAUAUAUCUUGUAACACCACUCACUUCUGGAAACCAAAUUGGAUCUAUUGAUUGGAUGACAUUUUUGGAAUUGUGGAAAAUGUUAUCAGAAAGUGAACGUAGAGUCGGACAACUUGUUGGUGUAGAGGAACGAUUUUUAACAUCAGCUGUUAGGGGUAUCGUGCGACAGGGAAAAUUGCUUAGUAUACAUAAAAGAUUUUAUACUGCAUUAGCUUUACACGAUUUAGUUCGUGAAAUCCCGCUUAAUUCAGUUUGUAAAAAGUAUGGCUGUUGCCGUGGCGUUCUUCAAACUUUACAACAAUCUGCUUCUACAUUUGCUGGAAUGAUUACACAAUUUUGUAAGCAAUUGGGUUGGGACUGUAUGGAAUUAUUAGUUUCGCAAUUUCAAACACGAUUACAAUUUGGUGUUUGUAGAGAAUUAUUAGAUUUAUUAAGACUUCCAAUGUUAAAUGGAUUACGUGCUAGAAGUCUUUAUAAGCAUGGAAUAACAUCUGUAGCAGAUUUAGCUAUUGCUAAUGAACUGGAUGUUGAACGAGCACUUUAUAAAGCACUUCCUUUUGAAAGUGAGAAAGAACAUGAUGGUGAACAUGAAUCAGAAGCAAUAAAACGAAAUAAAAUGAGAACAGUAUUUGUUACUGGAAAAGAUGGUUUAACACCUCAUGAAGCUGCAAUCAUGUUGGUUCAAGAAGCUAGAAUAUUGGUACAGAAUGAAUUGAAAUUGCAAGAUAUGUCAUGGAAGCAAAAUGAACGAUCUAUUGUUACAAACGAAUCUAAUACUGAAGUGAACUUAUGCAUACAACAAGAUAUGCUAAAAGAUAUUGAUGUACAAAUAAAUAUUGAAAGUAUGUCGAAUAAUCUUCAAAAUAAAACUAAUUUAAGUGAAAAAAUUCAAGAUGAAUAUGAAAAAAAUACAUCUUCAAUUAAUCAAACUGUGAACAAAAGUGUGACUUCUAUUAAUAAUGAAAAUAUUACAUUAAAUCAUAAAUAUAAUAAAAAUGAAAAAUCCAAAAUAGAUAUGAAUGUCACAGAAAAUAUUGAAAAUUCUAAAUGUAUCUUAGAAAAUAAUACAGAACAAAAAAGAAAAUAUGAUAAUGUAAAAGUUAUUGAUCAAUUAUCGCAAAUAGAUAUUCCAGAAUUUUUUGAAUCUCCAAUUGAAAAAUUAUCAACUGAUUUUUUAAAAAAUAAUAGUUCUAAAAUAAUUCUCGGUUGUUUAGAGAGAAAAAAUAGUGAAUCAUUAAUUGCUUUCAGUAGUAAAAAAAGAAAUCAUACAAAAAGUUCUUCUAUUAAAUAUUCAAUUAAUGAUGAUCAGAAUAAUCAAAAUACUAUAUCAAUCAAGAAAAUAAGAAUUUCAGAUGAAAAAAGUGAUAAAUUAGUUUGUAAAAAUGGAACAACACGUUUAUCUAUUGAAAAUGAUAUAAAAGCAGAGAUUUCGAGAAGUCCUAGUUUAUUUGAUGAUAGUUUAAAUCUUGAUACACAAAUUUGCAAUGCUCUUGAACAAAAUAUUAUUGAUUCUCUACAUUUCUCAGAGUUUGAAGAUACUAAAUUAUCUGAACAGAAAAUAAUAGAGAAUAAAGCUAUUACUUAUGAUGUUAACAAUGAAAUAAAUCUAGAAAAUGAUGUAAAAAAUAAAAAUAUAAAUCAAAAUUCUUUAAAUUCUUUAAAUUCCAUAAAUUCACAAAUAAAACAUAACAUGAUUUCAUGGAAAGAUGAUUCUUGGAAUGAAUCAAAAAAAAUAAUAGAGAAAUUACAUGAAAUCAAAGAUAAAAAUAACGAAGAUGUAUUAAAUAAAUGUAGUAUCAGAAAUGUAAAAAAUACAAAUAUACAACAUAUCAUAGGAUCUACUGGAAUGACACCUGAAAUGAAAAAGAAAUCUGACAAAACUAUGAAUAUACCUGAUCUAAAAAAAGUAUCACAAAAAUCCAAAUUCAAGAAUGAAUCAAUUGCAAGAUCACCUUUAGCAAGUAUUGUUUUUAAUAAAAAUCACGCAUCAUCAUCAAAUAAAUCAGAUUCAGAUGAUAUUAUUAUUCCUUCUCAAAAUACAAAUUCACCUACUACAAGUAAUAAAAUACGUACUAAAUUAGAUUCUGAAAGAAAACGAAAAAUAUAUACUCAAAAAAUUUCCGAUCAGAUAUCUGAUGACAAAAAUAAUGCAAUUACUGUGUCAAAUAAAACUGAAAUUAAAGAAUAUAAAAUCAAACCGAAAUUAAAAGAAAUUCUUGCACAAAAUAUUUUAUCUAGUAAAAAUUAUAGUAUUGAUAGCAUAAUUUCGAAUUCAGAUGAAGACACACCUAUAAAAUCAUCAAAAAUUUUAAAAAAACCUAAAAUUAGUUUAAAAAAAACUCAAAAUAAUUCUAAGAUAUCUAUACAAGCGAAUGAACUUGUAGAUAUUUCAAAUGAAAUGAUUAAUUGGAAUACAUUAAAUAUUAUAAAAAUUGGAAGUGAUAGAGGCACAUUUAAUUUAUUUAAACGUGAAGUAAUGCAAAAACGAUAUAUUGCUUUGGCAUUAAAUUGUGAAUUAUAUAAUGAUGAAACUAACAAUAUAGGUGCCAAGAUCAUUGGUUCUUCUAGUGAAGGUAAAAAAAAAUCUAAAAAGGUGGAAAAUUAUACACAUGGAGAUAAAAAACUGUAUGGUGCAGCUAUUGCUUGGGAAAGCAAUAUUGCAUAUUACAUUUCUUUCUCCAAUGAACAAGAUUUAAAAAUCUCAGGCAAAGAGCAAAUGAAAUUAUUCAAAGAAUUGCUUGCUAAUACAAUUUUAUAUGUAAAAUGUUUUGCAACUAAAGAAACAUUUAAAACUUUAUAUGAAUGUUGUGGUAUUAUUGCAAGCUGCAAAUUUUUAGAUCCAAAAGUAGCAAAUUGGUUAUAUGAUGGUAACAUUUAUGAAAAAACUUUUAAUGACAUGGUAAAAGAAUAUUUUCCACAAGGAUGCUUCAUAAUUAAAAAAAUGGGUACAUGUUAUGAUACAGGACCUGGAUUAUGCAUUAAAAGUGCAAUACCAGGAGAACUUAGAGCAUGUGCAGAAGCUGUACUUUCAUGGCACAUGGCUGAUAAACUUAUAGAUAAAUUAGAACAAUUAAGUCCAACAUUAUUAUAUACAUUUAAAGAUAUCGAAAUGAAAAUCAUUAUUUUAUUAGCUUAUAUGGAAUUAACUGGCUUAGGUGUAUGUUUAAAAUCAUUACAAGAUUUAUCUUCUGUUAUUCGCGAAGAAAUGAUAUCAUUAGAAGAACGAGCGUAUGCAUUAUGUGGAAAAAAAUUUAAUUUUUCUUCAUCUAAAGAAGUUGGAGAGAUUUUAGGUUUAUAUAAAGGAAAGAAAAUUAGUGUUAAUAAAGCAGUGCUAGGACAAUCUGAUCAUCCAAUAUCUAAUCUUGUUAUGUCAUGGCGUAAAUUAAAUGUAACUAAAUCUAAAAUUAUUUAUCCUUUAUUAAAUCUGGCUCAACAUAGUUCUCGUAUUCAUGGUAAUUGUGUUACAUCCACAUUAACGGGUAGAAUAUCAAUGCAUGAACCAAACUUACAAAAUGUACCAAGAGAUUUUAAUUCUAAAGACAAUAGCUUUACAAUAAGCGUUCGAAUGGCAUUUAUACCAACAGUAGGCAAUAUUAUAUUGUCAGCGGAUUAUUGUCAACUUGAAUUAAGAAUAUUAGCCCACUUUUCAAAAGAUACAAUAUUAUGCAAUAUUAUGCGAAAACCAGGUGAUAUUUUUAAGAAUAUUGCAGCAAAAUGGAAUCACGUAUCCGAAAAUGAGGUUGAUGAUAAAAUGCGACGACAUACAAAACAAUUAUGCUAUGGAAUGAUUUAUGGUAUGGGAGUAAAAACACUUGCUGAAAAUUUAUCAGUAGACGAAGUUAAAGCCAAAGAAUUUUUGGAAUCUUUUAUGAAUGCAUAUCCAGGUAUAUCUAAGUGGUUGAAUAAUGUAUUGGAAGAAGCACGUAUAAAUGGUUAUAUAACAACUAUUUUGGAAAGACGUAGAAUGUUUCCUGGAUUAACUAGUAUAAAUCCAAUGGAAAAAUCACAAGCGGAACGUCAAGCAGUAAAUACCAAAGUUCAAGGUUCUGCAGCUGAUAUUGUUAAAAAAGCAAUGAUUGAUAUUGAAAAAAGAAUGCGAUUUGAAUUCUCAACUUCUUUACCUAUUAUGCCUGCCAAUUCUAGUCGCAAAUUAAGAAGUAAUAGUAAAGAAACACAACAUAAAGGUGGUUAUUUAGUAUUACAGCUUCAUGAUGAACUUUUAUAUGAAGUAAAUAUAUACGAUCUACGACAAGUUGCAACAAUAGUAAAAGAAUCAAUGGAGCAAGUAUGUCAACUUACAGUACCAUUACCUGUAAAAUUAAAAGUUGGACCAACAUGGGGAAAUCUUUCCGAAUAUAUUAUUUCUUGAUUUUUUGAAUAUUUCUAUAAAAAAUUUACGUUUAAUUUUUCUUUUAUAUUUGCAUUUUUUAUGCGUGAAUGUAAUCAAUCACAUUUUAAAUUUUUACUAUUUUUAAUAUAAAAUGAUUUUUAAUCUGUAUGAUGUGCUUUGGUACAUAUUAGUAAUAGGAUGAAUUGUACAUAUUUAUAUUAUUUUUUUAUCAUAUUUUUAUAACAUGAUGAAUUAUGUAUUUAAAUGAUAUUUAUUUAAUGAUAUUUAAUGAUUGUAUAUCUGAAGAGAUCAAGCAGAAAUUAUCUUACAUACAAGAUUUAAAUAUAAAAAAAUGCUUAUAA